AAAUCUCACCCGCUCCUCAAAUACCCCCAAUUAAGUAUCAGUCGUUAGAUAACAUGUUCUUGUCUUCAACAUCACCUUCCCAUCUCACUCAACGCUGAUUUUUUAUUUUUCCCAAAUGAAUUUUGGGAUGAUGAAGAACGGGUCGUCUCUCACGGAGAAACCAUGGUUCUUGGUUUUGGCUCUGAUCGGCUUAAUCGGCGGCGCCUUUUACAUAUCCUCCGUCGCCCGGAACUCUAACAGCUUAUUGUGUUCCAUCUCGGCGGUUAAAGGCGGUGCGGCGGAGGAUUUUCAGGCCACGUCGACCCAGCUCAAGGCGAUACUCCACUACGCCACCACUCAUGUCGUCCCCCAGCAGUCACUAUCGGAGAUCCGAGUCACCUUCGAUGUGCUCAGAUCCUUAGGCCGGCCGAGCAACUUCCUCGUCUUCGGCCUCGGUCACGACUCGCUCAUGUGGGAAGCGAUCAAUCCCGGCGGUACCACUCUGUUCCUCGAGGAAGACCCUAAAUGGGUCCAAACAGUCCUCAAGGAUGCUCCUCAUCUUCAGGCUCACACGGUACAUUACCGGACACAUCUGAAAGAAGCGGACCGGCUUCUCUCUUGGUACCGGACGGAGCCAACGUGUUCGCCGGAGAGGGCUUACCUGCGUGACAACGACAAGUGCAAACUGGCUCUCCACAAUCUGCCAGAGAAUGUGUAUGAUAGGGAGUGGGAUCUGAUCAUGAUCGACGCUCCGAGGGGAUAUUUCGCGGAGGCGCCGGGGCGGAUGGCGGCAAUCUUCUCAGCGGCGGUAAUGGCGAGGAACAGGAAGGGAUCCGGUGUGACGCACGUCUUCUUGCACGAUGUUGAUCGGAAGGUCGAGAAGGUGUACGCGGAAGAGUUCCUGUGCAGGAAGUACAGGGUUGAUGCCGUCGGGAGGUUGUGGCACUUUAAGAUUCCGUCGGCGACGAACGAGACCCACCACAGUUCUCGGUUCUGCUAGAUUGCGCCGACCAUGACCACGAGAUUUUUCAGAAAAGCGGUGUUGCUAAUGCUCCCCAUCCACAGCUUCGGGGUUCGAUUAUUAUUAUAUUAUUAUUAUUUUUUUAAAUAUUCAGUAAUUUUGAAUUAUCGCACUAUUAUUAUUAUUAUUAUUAUAAUAUUUUCCUUUCAUAGGA